AUGAAUUUACGGAAAACUACAGAAACUUUUGUUUAUGUUUUCCAGGAACGGGCUUGGAAGGCUGCCAAAGGUAUUAACGAUGACGCAUCGAACGCAGGGCCAUAUCACAUGAUGCCCAUAAAGGUGAGCAACCAUCAGCUAGAAUCCUUAGAUUCCGUCUUGUUUGUUAUGCUGGUAUCAGUUUUGAAAGCUACGAGUCAAGUAGUUGCCGGUGUUAAGUACACCUUCGAAGUGCUUUAUGGUGAAUCGACUUGCAAGAAAGGAGACUUCUUGGCGGCCGACCUGAAUGCUACGAAUUGCCAAUUGAAAUCGGGUGGAAGACGUGCUCUUUACGAAGUUGAACUGUGGGAGAAGCCAUGGGAAAAUUUUGAACAAUUCAACGUGAAAAAGCUCAGGAAUGUUGCUGCAGAUGAGGAGCUGUAA